ACCCCUCCCGGCGGCCGCCUCCCCUUUUCACCCUCGGGGAGAGCCGGCUCUAUAAAGCCAGGCGUCAGAGGCACACAGGGAGAUUUGGACCGCCCCAGCCUGGGACCAGCGCCAGAUCCGAGCUCUCCAUCCUGUCCUACCGGUAGCCCCCAGUGACAGAUCUGGGACCAUCAGCCACCAUGGCACAGAAAGGACAACUCAGCGAUGAUGAGAAGUUCCUCUUUGUGGACAAAAACUUCAUUAACAGCCCAAUGGCCCAGGCCGACUGGGUGGCCAAGAAGCUGGUAUGGGUCCCUUCAGAGAAGCAGGGCUUUGAGGCAGCCAGCGUCAAGGAGGAGAAGGGUGAUGAGGUGGUUGUGGAGCUGGUGGAAAAUGGAAAGAAGAUCACAGUGGGCAAAGAUGACAUCCAAAAAAUGAAUCCACCCAAGUUCUCCAAGGUGGAAGACAUGGCAGAGCUGACAUGCCUCAAUGAGGCCUCUGUGCUGCACAACUUGAGGGAGCGAUACUUCUCGGGCCUAAUCUACACCUACUCCGGCCUCUUCUGUGUGGUGAUCAACCCCUACAAGCACUUACCCAUCUACUCAGAAAAGAUCGUGGACAUGUACAAGGGCAAGAAGAGGCACGAGAUGCCACCCCACAUCUAUGCCAUUGCUGACACAGCCUACAGAAGCAUGCUGCAAGAUCGUGAAGAUCAGUCCAUUCUGUGCACAGGUGAGUCUGGAGCUGGGAAAACAGAAAACACGAAGAAAGUAAUCCAGUACCUGGCUGUGGUGGCAUCUUCCCACAAGGGCAAGAAAGACAGUAGCAUCACGCAAGGCCCAUCUUUUGCCUACGGGGAGCUGGAAAAGCAGCUUCUACAGGCGAACCCUAUCCUGGAGGCUUUCGGCAAUGCAAAAACCGUCAAGAAUGACAACUCCUCUCGUUUUGGUAAGUUCAUUCGCAUCAACUUCGAUGUUACCGGUUACAUCGUGGGUGCCAACAUCGAAACAUAUCUUUUGGAAAAGUCUCGGGCAAUUCGUCAGGCCAGGGAUGAGAGAACAUUCCAUAUCUUUUACUAUCUGAUCGCUGGAGCCAAGGAAAAGAUGAGAAGUGACCUGCUUUUGGAGAGCUUCAACAGCUAUACGUUUUUAUCCAAUGGCUUCGUGCCCAUUCCAGCUGCUCAGGAUGACGAGAUGUUCCAGGAGACGCUGGAGGCCAUGUCCAUCAUGGGCUUCAAUGAAGAGGAACAGCUAGCUAUGUUGAAGGUGGUAUCCUCUGUCCUUCAGCUGGGAAACAUCGUCUUCAAGAAGGAACGAAACACAGACCAGGCAUCUAUGCCUGACAAUACAGCUGCUCAGAAAGUUUGCCACCUUGUGGGAAUUAAUGUGACAGAUUUCACCAGAGCCAUCCUGACCCCUCGUAUCAAAGUUGGACGGGAUGUGGUACAGAAAGCUCAAACCAAAGAACAGGCUGACUUUGCCAUUGAGGCCUUAGCCAAGGCCACCUAUGAACGCCUUUUCCGGUGGAUCCUCAGCCGUGUGAACAAAGCUUUGGAUAAGACCCAUCGGCAGGGGGCUUCCUUCCUGGGCAUUCUGGAUAUUGCUGGGUUUGAGAUCUUUGAGGUAAACUCCUUCGAGCAGCUGUGCAUCAACUACACCAAUGAGAAACUGCAGCAGCUGUUCAACCACACCAUGUUCAUCCUGGAGCAGGAAGAGUACCAACGAGAGGGCAUCGAGUGGAACUUCAUUGACUUUGGCCUGGACCUGCAGCCCUGUAUUGAGCUGAUUGAGCGACCGAACAACCCUCCAGGUGUGCUGGCCUUACUGGAUGAAGAGUGCUGGUUCCCCAAAGCCACGGACAAGUCUUUUGUGGAGAAGCUGUGCUCAGAGCAGGGCAACCACCCCAAAUUUCAGAAGCCCAAGCAGUUAAAGGACAAAACUGAAUUCUCCAUCAUCCACUAUGCUGGGAAGGUGGACUAUAAUGCAGCUGCCUGGCUGACCAAGAACAUGGACCCGCUAAAUGACAACGUGACCUCACUCCUCAAUGCCUCCUCUGACAAGUUUGUUGCUGACCUGUGGAAGGAUGUGGACCGCAUUGUGGGCCUGGACCAGAUGGCCAAGAUGACUGAGAGCUCACUGCCUAGUGCGUCCAAGACUAAGAAAGGCAUGUUCCGCACUGUGGGCCAGCUCUACAAAGAACAGCUAGGGAAGCUGAUGACUACGUUGCACAACACCACGCCUAACUUUGUGCGCUGCAUCAUCCCCAAUCACGAGAAGAGGGUGAGGUACCCCCCAGCCUGGAGCUCCUGCCCACGAGGUAGUGUUGGAGGACUGCAGAGAGGCACCUGGAAGGCAACAAGGCAGACUAACGAGGUGGAGGGGCAGAAAAAGAGGUCUGACCUUGGUCCCUGUCCUGAGCAGCCUCAAGGACAGUGGACAGUUUGUCUGGAUGUGGGGCCUACUCCCCAUAGGAAGCACCUCACGGCUCCCUGCCUUCCUCUGCACAGGGCCUUCACAAAGAGGCAGCAACAGUUGACAGCCAUGAAGGUGAUCCAGAGGAACUGUGCUGCCUACCUCAAGCUCCGCAACUGGCAAUGGUGGAGGCUCUUCACAAAAGUAAAGCCAUUGCUCCAGGUGACGCGGCAGGAGGAGGAGAUGCAGGCCAAGGAGGAGGAGAUGCAGAAGAUCAAGGAGCGGCAGCAGAAGGCAGAAACUGAGCUAAAGGAGCUGGAGCAGAAGCACACACAGCUGGCUGAGGAGAAGAAUCUGCUGCAAGAGCAGCUGCAGGCAGAAACAGAGCUGUAUGCUGAGGCCGAGGAGAUGCGGGUCCGGCUGGCAGCCAAAAAGCAGGAAUUGGAAGAGAUCCUGCAUGAGAUGGAGGCCCGCCUGGAGGAAGAAGAGGACCGGGGCCAGCAGCUGCAGGCUGAGAGGAAGAAGAUGGCUCAGCAGAUGCUGGACCUGGAGGAGCAGCUGGAGGAAGAGGAGGCUGCCAGGCAGAAACUACAGCUUGAGAAGGUCACAGCUGAGGCCAAGAUCAAGAAACUGGAGGAUGACAUCUUGGUCAUGGAUGAUCAGAACAACAAACUUUCAAAAGAACGAAAACUCCUAGAAGAGAGGGUCAGCGACUUGACGACCAAUCUAGCAGAAGAGGAAGAAAAGGCUAAAAACCUCACAAAGCUGAAGAGCAAGCAUGAGUCCAUGAUCUCAGAACUAGAGGUGAAGCUGAAGAAAGAGGAGAAGAGCCGGCAAGAGCUGGAGAAACUAAAGAGGAAGCUGGAGGGUGAGGCCAGUGAUUACCACGAGCAGAUCGCGGACCUGCAGGCGCAGAUUGCGGAGCUCAAGAUGCAGCUAGCAAAGAAAGAGGAGGAGCUGCAAGCAGCCCUGGCCAGGCUUGAUGAAGAGAUUGCCCAGAAAAACAAUGCCCUAAAGAAGAUUCGAGAGCUGGAGGGCCAUGUCUCAGACCUACAGGAGGACUUGGACUCAGAGCGAGCUGCCAGGAACAAGGCUGAGAAGCAGAAGCGAGACCUGGGGGAGGAGCUGGAAGCCCUGAAGACGGAGCUGGAGGAUACACUGGACAGCACAGCCACACAACAGGAGCUCCGAGCCAAGAGGGAACAGGAGGUGACAGUGCUGAAGAAGGCCCUGGAUGAGGAGACACGUUCGCAUGAGGCCCAGGUCCAGGAGAUGAGGCAGAAGCACACACAAGCUAUGGAGGAACUCACGGAGCAGCUGGAGCAGUUCAAAAGGGCCAAGGCAAAUCUAGACAAAAACAAGCAGACAUUGGAGAAAGAGAAUGCGGAUCUGGCCGGGGAGCUGCGUGUCCUGGGCCAGGCAAAGCAGGAGGUGGAGCACAAGAAGAAGAAGCUGGAGGUGCAGCUGCAAGAGGUGCUAUCCAAGUGCAGCGACGGGGAGCGUGCCCGGGCAGAGCUCAAUGACAAGGUUCACAAGCUACAGAAUGAAGUGGAGAGUGUCACAAGCAUGCUCAAUGAUGCAGAGGGCAAGGCCAUCAAACUGGCCAAGGAUGUGGCGUCCCUCGGAUCCCAGCUUCAGGAUACUCAAGAGCUACUACAAGAAGAAACCCGGCAGAAACUCAAUGUGUCCACCAAGCUGCGUCAGUUGGAAGAUGAGAGGAACAGCCUCCAGGACCAGCUAGAUGAGGAGACGGAGGCCAAGCAAAACCUGGAACGCCACGUCUCCACCCUGAACAUUCAGCUCUCAGACUCUAAGAAGAAGCUGCAGGACUUCGCAAGCACCGUGGAGGCCAUGGAGGAGGGGAAGAAGAGGUUGCAGAAGGAGAUGGAGGGUCUCAACCAGCAGUAUGAGGAAAAGGCCGCCGCCUAUGACAAACUGGAGAAGACUAAGAACAGGCUUCAGCAGGAGCUGGAUGACUUGGUUGUGGACUUGGACAACCAGCGGCAACUGGUAUCCAAUCUGGAGAAGAAGCAGAAGAAAUUUGAUCAGUUGUUAGCUGAGGAGAAGAACAUCUCUUCCAAGUAUGCGGAUGAGAGGGACCGAGCUGAAGCAGAGGCCAGAGAGAAGGAAACAAAGGCUUUGUCCCUAGCCCGGGCCCUGGAGGAGGCCCUGGAGGCCAAGGAGGAGCUGGAGAGGACCAACAAGAUGCUCAAAGCUGAGAUGGAAGACCUGGUCAGCUCCAAGGACGAUGUGGGCAAGAACGUGCAUGAACUAGAGAAGUCCAAGCGUGCCUUGGAGACCCAGAUGGAAGAGAUGAAAACCCAGCUGGAGGAGCUGGAGGAUGAGCUGCAGGCCACUGAGGAUGCCAAGUUGCGGCUGGAGGUCAACAUGCAGGCCCUCAAGGGCCAGUUUGAACGAGAUCUCCAGGCCCGAGAUGAACAGAAUGAGGAGAAGCGGAGGCAGCUACAGCGGCAGCUGCAUGAGUAUGAAACAGAACUGGAAGAUGAGCGGAAGCAGAGGGCUCUGGCAGCAGCAGCCAAGAAGAAGCUGGAAGGGGACCUGAAAGACCUGGAGCUCCAGGCUGACUCAGCCAUCAAAGGGAGGGAAGAAGCCAUCAAGCAGCUUCGGAAACUGCAGGCUCAGAUGAAGGACUUCCAGAGAGAGCUGGACGAGGCCCGUGCCUCCAGAGAUGAGAUCUUUGCCACCUCAAAGGAGAACGAGAAGAAAGCCAAGAGCCUGGAGGCAGACCUCAUGCAGCUCCAGGAGGACCUGGCAGCAGCUGAGAGAGCUCGCAAGCAAGCUGACCUGGAAAAGGAGGAACUGGCUGAGGAGCUGGCUAGCAGCCUGUCGGGAAGGAAUACACUGCAGGAUGAGAAGCGUCGCCUGGAGGCGAGGAUUGCACAGCUGGAGGAGGAGCUGGAGGAAGAACAGGGCAACAUGGAAGCCAUGAGUGACAGGGUCCGCAAGGCCACUUUGCAGGCUGAGCAACUGAGCAAUGAGCUGGCCACAGAGCGCAGUGCUGCUCAGAAGAAUGAGAGUGCACGGCAGCAGUUGGAGCGCCAGAACAAGGAACUCCGGAGCAAGUUGCAGGAGGUAGAGGGCGCUGUCAAAGCCAAGCUCAAAUCUACUGUCACAGCACUGGAGGCUAAGAUUGCACAACUGGAGGAGCAGCUGGAGCAGGAGGCCAGAGAGAAACAGGCAGCUACCAAGUCACUGAAACAAAAGGACAAGAAGCUGAAGGAGGUCCUGCUGCAGGUGGAGGAUGAGCGCAAGAUGGCCGAACAGUAUAAGGAGCAGGCAGAGAAAGGAAACGCCAAGGUCAAGCAGCUGAAGAGGCAGCUGGAAGAGGCAGAGGAGGAGUCCCAGCGCAUCAAUGCCAACCGCAGGAAGCUGCAGCGGGAGCUAGAUGAGGCCACUGAAAGUAAUGAGGCCAUGGGCCGAGAGGUGAAUGCCCUCAAGAGCAAGCUCAGGCGAGGAAACGAGGCCUCAUUUGUUCCUUCCAGAAGGGCUGGAGGCCGCAGAGUUAUUGAAAACACAGAUGGUUCUGAAGAAGAAAUGGAUGCUCGGGACUCAGACUUCAAUGGAACCAAAGCCAAUGAAUAAAUUCAGAACUAUACAUCGUGGCAGGGAAACAAAACACUGAGGACAGCAGAAUCUAGCGGACUAUGCUUAGCGUUCGGCUCCAUUCAUUCUCAAGUCGCAGAUAUCACCUCACCCCUCACGACAGUCGGCCCACAGCCCACACAAAGGGUGUGAAUUCAUGUUUUAGGAUGUGCUAUCAAAGAAGAUGCAGGCCAGACCUUGCGCUGGUGGGGGGGGGGGUACAGGUUUUAGGAAAACAGCCCCAGUCACCAUCAACUGUGUUUACAUGAAAUGAGUAAGUUACCUAAUGGGUGCCACUGCCCCCAGUCCACUCCCAAAUCAUUCCCUGACCAACCAGUUGCUCCAGCUCGGGAAAGAAGCCCUUGUUUGAAAACUCCCUUCUCCUCCCUGGCUGCCACACCUCAGACACACACAGUUCAUUCACCAAGACCAAGUGAACUAAAAAGGAAACACUGCUCCAAGGGCUGAGUACUGAGAUCGCACUGUCUUACUUGCACCCAGGCUGUACCCAUGGACACUUUCACUAAUAAAACAUAAGUCACGAAAAUGGA